AGCCGAGCGGCGCCGAGCCGAGCCGAGCCGAGAGGGGCCGAGCCGAGCGGCGCCAUGCUGGGCAUGAUCAAGAACUCCCUGCUGAGCACGGUGGAGGCAUGGCCCUACCGGGUGCUGAGCAAGGGGGAGAAGGAGCAGCUCAGCUACGAGGAGAGGGUGUGCGAGGGUGGGUGGUUUGCGGCGGUGGAGGUGACUGGGAAGCCAUUCGACGAAGCCUCGAAGGAAGGAGUGCUCAAGCUCCUCAAGUAUGUCGGAGGAACCAACGACAAAGGGGUUGGAAUGGGCAUGACUGCUCCUGUCUCCAUGACUGCUUUUCCUGCUGAAGAUGGCUCCUUACAGCAGAAAGUGAAGGUCUCUCUGCGGAUCCCGAGCCAGUUUCAAGCCAACCCUCCUUGUCCUAGUGAUGAAAGCAUUAAGAUUGAAGAGAGACAGGAGAUGACCAUUUAUUCCACGCAGUUUGGUGGCUAUGCCAAAGAGGUGGAUUACGUGAACUAUGCUGCCAAGCUGGAGUCUGCUCUGGGGAGUGAAGCUGCAUACCGCAAGGAUUUCUACUUCUGCAAUGGUUACGACCCCCCCAUGAAGCCUUAUGGCCGGCGCAAUGAGGUCUGGUUUGUGAAAGAGUGAGCAUCUAGCUCCCAGUGGUUCUGGCUUGCACUGAUAGCCUCCCCACACUAUGUCCCUGUCCUCUUCAAAAUAAACCAAUAAUUUGGCAGAGGCAGUAAACCAUCCUUUCCUCCCUCCACACCUAUGCCUUGGUCUUUUAUGGAUCAACCAUUUUAAAAGAACACUGCAGAGCCCUCUGACGAUCCUGCUCCUUUGUUCCAGACCAAGUCCUCAACCCCACAGACUCUCAUGAUCUCUCGGUGGCUUGCUUUUAUCUCCUUCAUGCUCCCAGAGUUCAAUCCUGAGACAGCCAAAGUACUUAAUUAACACUGGUGCCUGACAGAAGUCGCGUCCAAGUGCUGGCAGACUAUUAGUCUCACCUGAGGCAGGCAGGGGAACAUGACGAAAGUGCGUACAGGGACUUUUUAUCUUCUUGAGCUUGCUGCAGCUGUAAAAUGCUGCUUUUAUCUGUGCCAUUCCAAAAGCAGUCUGAAGGGACAUGAGCAUUGCUACCAACACAGCGCAGUGAAAAUAAGCAUCCUUUACAUUGACUCAUAGUGUGCGGGAGAGCAAUGUUCUGUCAUCUGACUGAGAAAUGUCAUUUAGAGGAAGAUCCAGGUUUCUGUUUGCAGCUAUCCUUCUGUUUGAGGUGAGACAUUUUGGGGUGUGUUAUGUCCUCAUCUCCGCUAGCAGCUGGACAAUGUGACAUGGAGGCCCCAAUAUCAUUUCCUUGCCGCCUUGUUACUUGUGUGUAACAUUUCUUUAAAACUAGUCUACACAAGGGCCGAAGCUGAAAUGUGUGUGGUAAUCUAAUUGAAUUAGAAAAAUAGAGGCUGCGAAAAAAGCAGGUGCCUAUUACUUGUGAUCUGAGGGUGCAUUUGAAGAAUGGUGAGCAUCUAGUGGAACUACUGUGGGUGUAGAUCUUUAAAAAAACUCUUCUUAAAUGGUGUUAGUUUCUGAAGGCCUACUCAGAGCAGUUGUCUUUAAAGGAAGAGGAAAACCUGGUUGUUCUUGAAAAUAGGGGUUUAUGUCAAAUAAUGAGUAGCCUUUCAGAAACUUCAAAUACAAUAGUAAAGGUGGGUCUUGCUUUAGGAAGACUGGCAAUGUUUAACUGUUAGGCAUCAAACCAGCAUUUUAGCUGUUGGCUCUGCCAGGGAGGCAGCAGGAUGCCCGCAGUGGGAACACGCUCACGCACCAUGCUGCUCUGGGUGCCUGUAUAAUUCAUUACCUCCACUAAAAGAGGUGUGUUCCUCUGAUGCUUAAGUGCCCCAAAGUUCAGGCACUUUCCAAAAGCUAUUUUCCCCCGGGAGCUGAAAGAGAGAUUUGUCAGAUGGCAUCCCAGAUUCUGUCCAGUCGAGCUGUUUAACACGCGCCUGCUUUCUGAGAACAAAUCUCAGCAGUAA